AUGAACCAAAUUGAAGUUUCAUUGUUCACACCAGCCAAGAGGGCGGUAUUCAAUAUCAAAAUAAGUCCAGUGACAAUGUUACUUCAAACCAGAACCAAAAUGAAGACCAAUAAAUCAGCAGCUAAGAGAUUCAUAAAGACAGGUACUGGAAUCAAAAGAAAACAAGCAGGUAGAAAUCAUGGUAAUGGUGGAUUCAGUACUAGUUCAUUACAAAGUUUAGAUUCAUUCGUUUCACUUAAUAAUAAAGGUAAACAUCUUAAAAAGAUUUCAGAGGUUAUAUAGGGUUUCCAGAGUGUUAAAUAUUAAUUUAAUUUAUCCAAUUUUGUACAUAGUUUUAUUAUAAUAUAUAUACAUAUACAUUCAU